AUGCAUCUUUUCCACCAGAAUAGCAGCAUCAGGACAGGAUCAAUCUCCAUCAAGUGGGGACUCUUCAAAGGCAAGGUAUCAGAUAUGCAAUUCGACAACAAGAACAUCAUGAGCCAUCUGUUCUACAUUGAUAACCUCAACAUCUUCGGUAGAGACGAGAAGCAGCUCAUGCAGGCAAUGCACACCAUCAAGACGUUCAGUGACUACAUCUCUAAUCAGUGCGCAACUAUUAUCUUCAUAAGAGGUGUACGAGUCAACAGCUACAACAUCCAGCUGAGCGGGGGUUCAUCCGUCAACAACCUUGGGCAGGAUGAAGUGUACAAGUAUCUGGGCAUCGACAAAGGUGAGGGUAUUCAGUACAAUGAGAUGAAGAGUAAGAUCAUCAAGGAUGGACUGGAGAGUAGAAGAGAUCAGGAAGAUGGACAGGAAGAUGAGGAAAUUGUUAAUGAUGCACGACAUGCACCAUCUGCUUCCACGGUAAUGGCAUAUGACAGGUAUGUGGCAAUAUGCAGACCACUGGAGUAUCAUUCAGUAAUGACAAAUCAGAAGGUUCUUGAAUGGAUCCUUUUAUGCUGGCUGGCCCCCAUUUUUUUCAUCUCUGUUCUAAUUGUAUUAACAGCUAGACUCACUUUAUGUGGCUCUACUAUUGAAAAGUUAUAUUGUGAGAUUUGGGCAGUUGCAAAACUUUCUUGCUUUUCUACAACAGUAAAUAAUGUGUUUGGGUACACUGUUAUUCUUGUAUACAUCGGCCAUGGUGUAUUGAUAUAUUUCUCCUAUUUUCAGUUGAUACGAAACUGCAUUAAGUCAAUAGAGGGCAGGCGCAAAUUUAUACAAACAUGUGUUCCACAUUUGCUUUCACUGAUCAACGUGACUAUUGCAUUUUUGUUUGAUGUACUGUACAGUCGUUAUGGCUCAAAGAAUCUGCCACAAGGUGUGCGUAAUUUUAUGGCCCUGGAAUUCCUACUCAUACCACCCAUUUUAAAUCCUCUUAUUUAUGGAUUAAAUCUGACAACAGUACGUCAGCAAGUUAUUCGACUGUUUUUCAAGAAAAAAGUAGGAAUAUCUAAGUGA